AUGUCUAAGAGCCCAGCAAGAGAGGGAGGAGCCCAUUUGGGUCAUGACUUGCAGCCCAUUAGAAUUGCCGACUCAACAAUUAAUUUAUUCCCCCUCUUCAUGUCAUUGACAAUUGAUCAAUACAGGGGAUGGAGAAGACCUGAGAGAGGAGUCAUCAAAUGCAAUGUGGAUGCAAGCUUCUCACCUCAGACUAGGAAUUCUGCAGGAGGCAUUGUUUUCAGGGAUGAUAUAGGAGAAGUGAGUGGUGGAGCUGCAAAGAUUCUUUAUGCCAACUCAGCUCUGGGUGCAGAAGCUUUGAUCCUGAGGGAAGCAACUCUUAUGGCUGCAAACAUGGAUAUGCAAAGAGUUACUUUUGAAUCAGAUAACAAACAGGUCAUUGAAGCCUGCACAGGAAGAAAUUUAAAAGGGGAAAUUGAACAAAUCAUUAGAGAUAUUCGAAACUGGAAAAUCAACUUCCCUUCCUGGAGUUUCAUAUGGAUCCCAAGGACAGGAAACCAAUCUGCUCACUCAAUUGCUGAUCUCAAGAAGCAAAGAAACUUGCCUCCAAACUGGAUCUGGUCCCCCCUCUUGCACUGA